AUGGAGGCCUGUAUCGUAAUAAGGAGCUUACGGCACCUAGCUAGGCACCCGACGAGUUUGUGCUCUCUCAUCUUCAGAGCUUUGGCUGAUCUGAUGGGACUUUCCCCCAGUGUACUCAGCAAAUUCAGAGGAGACCCGCCGCCCAUGGAGAAUAUGCUGGAGCCGGAGCCGGAGCUGCCACCGGAUAUGCUGUCGAGCAUCUUUGCCCUCCUCGAGGUCCCUGACCUCGUGCGCGCAGGCUCUGUCUGCUCCUCCUGGCGCUCGGUGUACACCGCACUACGCAGUCAGCUUCUGAAGCACAAACAGCGCCAGACGCCUUGCCUCCUCUACCACACCUCUGAAUCUGCCGGAGAGAAUGCAGCUUGCCUCUACAGCCUUGCGGAAAAGAGGGCCUACAAGUUAACCCUCCCGGAUCCACCGAUCCACAGUAGGUAUCUGAUUGGCUCUUCGCAUGGUUGGCUGAUCACUUCUGAUGAGAGGUCUGAGCUGCACCUUGUAAAUCCAAUCACUGGUGAACAGAUUGUUCUCCCAUCAGUGAAUUAG